AUGGGUUUCUUUUUCCAUAGUCGACAUGUUAAUGUUCUUCUUUGUGGACUGAAUGGAGCUGGGAAGACAGCAAUAACACUCAAAUUGAAUGGGCUUGAUCCUGCCAUAUUUCCUCCCAAGCCGACGCGUGGGUUUAAUUCAGUUGAAGCCAAAGUGAAAGGGGUCAAACACAUCAAAUGGAUAUUUUGGGAUGUUUGUGGGCAACAACAGUUUCAAAGACUCUGGAAAACUUAUUACAGUAAUGUCAUAUGUUUUGCCUUUGUCAUUGAUGCCACUGACAAGGAACGACUUAGUGAUGCGAAGACUGCUUUAAUAGAGUUAGUCAACGAUGCUAAGGGAUUACAUUUUCCUGUAUUAAUUUGGGCAAAUAAAGGACAUGUUGAUGGUCUUGAGUCACUUUUAAAUGAUAAGGUGACAUUAAUCGAGUGUGAUGCAUUUAAAGGGGAUGGUCUUAAAGAUGGACUUGAAUGGCUCAAACAUAUGACAAAGAAACACAAAUAA